AUGGUUAAGAAAAAAGGAUCAACAACAUCAGAUGUUCCUAAAAAAGAUGCGUCAACAACAUCAGUGGCGACAAAGGGAGCUGAGUCAACGACAUCAGUGGUGACUAAGAACGAUCAAUCAACAACAUCAGUGGUGACUAAGGGAGCUGCGUCAACGACAUCAGUGGCAAGUAAAGGAGCUGCGUCAACAACACCAGUCGCUGCCAAAAACGAUGCCUCCAAAACACCCGGGAUGCCUAGUCAAUCAGUUAUGGAAGCAUUGGCCAAGGUAAAUGCUUCAACACGAACUGAGCCUGAUAGAGAGCAUGAUAUUGCGGCUGCAAUAUACGAAAGCAGAAAACCUGCUGUUGGAAAGUGGUUUAUUAUUGUUGCCAUAAUUGUUUUGGCAUUGAUUGUUGUCGCUGGAGUUGCUUCAUUUGGUCUAAUUUUGUCGGAAUCAAAAGAUGAUUCGAGUCAGAUAAAAGUUUUUGAAGAUCACAAGACACGUAUGUUUAUUGCAAUGUAUAAUUCAUUUUCAAUUAUAUAUUUUCCAGAGACCAGUGAAUCUGUCGACAAAGCGAUCAAAGUUGUUCAGACAUUUUCGAAUCUUGGCAAUGGUAUCAAUCUUGACGGCUUAUCAACCAAUUUGUUCACAUAUGUUCGCCAUGAACUUGAACUCGACAAAUUGGUAUGUAUCUAGUUGUAGGCUUCUCUUAUUUUGGCUGGGAAACAAUCUGAAUAGUCCCAUAAUCAUAUAUCAACUUUUUUUACAGACAAAACAAGAGCAUCCGUCGAAAAGAACAUAUCACGAUAUUGAACAGCUUUUAGAUGCAUUCAAUACCACCAACUGUACUCCAACUGCAAAUGUGAUAAUAGACAAAACCAAAUUCUUGAAAUUGUUGAAUGGUUCAAUCAACACGCAUAUUAGAGAGCUGAACAACCUCGGAAGACCAGUUAAUAAAGCUCAAUCUAAGCUAAAUGUGAUUAUAACAGAAGAGUCUAACAAACCUGGCAGAUUGUCAAAUGGAAACAUCGUUGGAUAUGGAGGUAAUGUGACAACAAUGCUGACUGAUUAUCAAACAGAAACUGUGACAAGAGAUGAUACCUUCAUAAAAUCAACCCAAGAUCAAAUGAAAUCUCGAGAUUCUGCGAAACUUGGACAUUUUAUAACAACAAUCGGAUUAUUCUCUGUUGCUUUGAUAUUUCUUGUUGUGAUUGCUGUUUUGGCCUUCUUUUUAUCAAAAACGAAAGAUUAA